AUGAAUCCGUUAAUCGUUGUUUUGUCCGGCCUGCUGUUGGCCUCGGCUGUGACCGCAGGUUCAACCAACACUCUGCGUCAACGUAAUCCAAAGACGGGAUCAAGUUCGUCGGAGGAGUACGACCGGUACUCCUCGGGAUCCAGGCAGGGAAAGAACGUCCAAGCUGCUUAUGGAUUCGUCCCGAUGACGUUCGAUGCCCGUGACUACUGGGCUCAGUGUCCCAGCGUGGGACGCGUUCCGGACCAGGGAUGUUGUGAUUCCAGCUAUGCGUUGGUGCCGACAGCUGUGAUGACCGAUCGUACCUGCAUUGCGACCAACAGCUCCAACAUGGUGUUCAGUGCGUUCGAUGUGAUCAGCUGUUGUGCGGAUUGUGCCAUUUAUCAGAAGGACAAGUGCCGCGGUGGAGAUCCUGUUGCGGUUUGGAAGUACUGGAACAAGAUCGGUAUCGUGAACGAGGACUGUCUGCCGUAUUCGUUCGCCAACACUUGCAUUGGACAGGACUGUCCGAUCCGUUGCGUUCCUGGUGCUUCCGGUACCGUUGCUGGCAACAAGAAGAAGGGACUGGAAUACCAUACGGUGAUGGCUAACGUGCUGCAGAUUCAGUCGGAAAUUGUCCGUAACGGUCCUGUUGAAGCUAGCUUUGACAUGUACUUGGACUUUGCGACCUUCAAUGGCGAUGGAGUGUACAUGCACCGUAGUGGACCGUAUCUGAACAAACACUCCGUCAAGAUUAUCGGCUGGGGAACUGAGAAAGGUACCCCGUACUGGCUGAUUAUCAACACCUUUGGCCGUGGCUGGGCAAAUGAGGGAGUCGCAAAAUUCCUGCGCGGCCAGAACCACUUGAACCUCGAGGCCAAUGUACGCGCUGCUAAGCCCAACUACUAAGGCAAAGUACUUGCGAUGUGAUGCAAGUUGAAUAAACAAGAAGCCAUGUAA